AUGAUGAAAUGGAGAAGAGAAGAACAAGAAUGGCAGCUAGCCAUAUGGUGGGGAUCUCAGAUUUAUGGCGAUGAUACCCAUCGUCAAGAUCCUGACCAUGACAGUUCAAAUGAUAGUAGCUAUCACGAAGAUGAAGAGUCACCUAAUUCCUCUGAAUCCUCCUUUAAACCAGAAGAAUUAGAAGAGGCAAAAGCUGAAGCAAAAUCCAAUGAGUAUUGUUACGAUGAUGCGCUCAAUGAGUUCCUGGCUAUGUCAUCUCCAUCUUCUGCUGAAACUGAAUACCAUCCUGAAGAACUUGACUCUUCACGUAAGCGCUCAAUCAAAAAGGAAGCUAUAGAGGACUCUGACUCCAACUCUAACUCCGAAGACAAUGGCAAGAAUAAGAAGAAGAAAACGACAAUGGUGUGGAGGGAAAACGACACGCUUAACCUUCUCCAAUCCUUGUAUAAAUACGCUGAGAACAAGCGUGCUGAUCCAGUUGCUGCAACUGCAGACAUGAAUAGUUUUUAUAACUCAUUCAAGAAAACUUUUCACUGCAAAGUUACGAGACUUCAGGUGGCCGAUAAAGUGAGAAAACUGAAGAAAAAGUUUAAGGAUAAUCUUGAAAAGAAAGGGAAAACUUUUUCUUUUUCCAACCUCCACGAGAAAAAUUUGUAUAAACUAUCUAAAAGUAUAUGGGGAUUGCGAAAGGAUUCGCGUGAAACCAAAUGCGUGGUUAAUAAGAAGUUGAAGUUUGAUUUUGAGGGUCAUGGUAUGGAGGCAUUUGUGAAAAAGCGUGGACUGAGUUUGAGUAGCUUUAAAGACACUAAGAAAAAAACGUCUUUGAAGGAAAAGUGGAAUGAGUUUAAAUUUUCUGAAUUGGAGACAACCCGCAGGCAGGCUGCAUUCGAACGAGAGCUCUACGAAUUGGCAUUGGAUGAAUUGCCCUCGGGUUCUCUUUAA